CAGGCGCGGGACGCCGGUAAAAAGAUAUUCAGGAUUUUUCCUACAUCUUACAAACGAAAAUAAUUUUAAAAUUUAAAUUUGUUUCGUUUUUUGCAAUUCGAGCCUACGCAGAAAUAUUUGGUGCGUGAAAGAAGCGGAUAUAAGAAAGAAAGGAGGAUCAAUCAAAAGGGCUGUACUCACCACCAGAACCAUGUCCGAUCAGGCUGUUGCGGACAAAUCUCUGCAGGCUGAGGAUGAUAAAGCUGCUGCAGAGAAGAAGGAGGAUUUGCUCCGGAAGAUCCUCGACGUCCUCGAGUUCUACUUCAGCGACAUCAAUUUGUCCCGGAACAAGUUCCUUGCACACAAAGUCCUUGAGGAUCCCUAUGUGCCCAUCACUCUACUGAUGUCCUUUCACAAGCUGAAGGAGUUGACUGACAAUGAGGAUAUGCUCAUUGAGGCCAUCAAGCUGUCGAAAAUGCUCCACAUUACUGAAGACUCCAAAAAGGUCUUUCGAACGACUGAAAUUCAACCCGUGGAUCAAAUUGAGGAGCACGUUAUUUAUGUUGAGAAUGUUCCCGAAAAUAAGGACCACGAGUGGCUCAGGCAGAUUUUCUCAACGUAUGGACAAGUCUUUUAUGUGUCUCUUCCAGUCUUCAGAAAAAGUCGCCAAAACAAGGGUUUUGCUUUCGUAGAGUUUGCGUCGGAAAAAGAUGCUUUAAAAGCAUACCAGGCUUUUCAAAGCUCGAAUCAGCUUAUUCCGACCAGCAUGCCUCCUGAAGAGUUGUUGAGCAUAAAAACUUUUGAUGAGCCAGAUUCGGAGGUUGCAACUGAAGUAGAUCGGAAGACAUUAGUCAACUCUGUUGUGGAAACUAGAGAGUUGGCUCAACUAGGGAUGAAAGUCAUGCUAAAAGGUGACUGGCGUCGACUGAGAAACAGGUUUCUGAACAAACUGCACACGAAGAACAAACAAACAAAAGAGAAGUCCGAUGAAAAGGAGGUCGAGUCAGUCGAGUGCAAUUAUAAAGAAGGAUUAGUGCUGAAGCUGGAGAAGGCAAAGCACGAAGGAAACUUGGAGGAAUACUUGAUGGGCAUUAGAAUGCGGCCAAAAGGCGGAGUGGUUUACGUUAAUAAUAGGAAAAAUAGUGAUUUUGUUUUCAUCCGUUUUGCCACUGCUGAGCAAGCGGGAAAUUUUCUCAGCCAGGAUCUUCCUCAUAUCACUUUAAUUGAAGGAAAAGAAGAAGCUAAAUAUUGGGAAAUGGUUGCCAAGAUUGUUGCAGCCAAAAAGAAUAGACAGUUGGAACAGAAAGUAGAGCGCAAAAGAGAGAAAAGGAGAGCUCGAAAUAAAGGCAGGGCUGGGACGAGUUUUGAAGAGGGCGAAGAUUGUGCAGAGGAGCCUACAUUUGAGUCGCUGCUGGAACAGAGACACACCAGUGAGCAAGAGAAAAUAUCCAUUGAUCUAAAUUUGCGCAGUAAAAGGAAGAAGAAGAGAGACAGAAAGACGGGCCAAAGAACCCCUGCAAACAAGCACAUAUUUUUUGAAGAUGAUGGAGCUGUUGAAGAAGAUUUGAACACAGGCACUGAUCCGCAAGGAGUUAAACGUGUGGCUGAUAUUUCUACAAAUGGCGAAGAAGAGCCAGUAUUGAAAAAACCUCUCAUCGAAAGUGAAAAAGUUUCCGAAAUCUAAAUUUAUUUCAAUAAUAAAGUUUUUCCAAUAAAUUAAACAAAUCUUAUGGGUU